AUGCUCGAGAAGGGUUGGAGGUUUGCGAAGCCUGAUGAAGACGUUCCAGGCGCCAACACCACGCCUGACCCUCUGCACGAGGGCUACACUCAUCUCCGUGACAUCUACUUCGAAAACAACAAGGAGUAUGAAGGCCGCUUCACUGUACCCACUCUCUACGACAAGAAGCAAAAGCGCAUUGUCAACAAUGAAAGUAGCGAAAUCAUCAGAAUGAUGUACCACACCNUUGACGAUCUGCUUCCGGAGAAGUUCAAGAACGUAGACCUUCUCCCCUCUGACCUCGAGAAGCAAAUCGAGGAGACAAACGAGUGGACUUACAACGAUAUCAACAACGGUGUCUACAAGUCAGGCUUUGCAACGUAG